CUCUUUUCUGUGUGUGUCAGGUGCUGAUUCCCCUUUCCGAAAGGCGGCUUCCACACCUGGGUGACAGAGACCACCCUCAGGACCCUCCACCCUAUCUGGAGGCAGACCAAGGACUUCCAGGUGCCCCUUUCCUCCCCGCACAACACCACCGACGCCCCGAGCGAAGUGCUCAUCGAGCUGUGGGACAGCAACUGGGGCAAGGACGACAGACGUGCCAUCGGCCAUUACGAUCUUGAUGUGUCGGUCAAGUGGCUUGAUUUCGUCGAAGAGAAACUGCUGGUGGCAGCAUGUCUUGCCGCUCCUGAGUCGAUCAUCAUCGACGUAGGUCUCACAGACACACCACUGACGUUGACCACCUCUUCCUCGCACUCAAUGGCCGUGACGGUCCCCACCAUCUCCAGGCCGCUUACUCUCUGCUCGCAGGUGUCGUCGGUCUGAUCAUAUCCGUCGAGUUGAUUCGUGUGGACGCGCCGAUUGCGGUUGCUCGUGCCGUUCGUGCGCGUCGCAUUCAUAAUGACAUCUCCGUCCUUGUCGUGAUGAACGAUGGGCUGCUGCUGGCGUCCACCGUUGCCCUCUUGAUGUCCUCCAUUGCCAGUCGGGUAGGCGUGGAAAAGCGCCCGAGAUGAGUUCCACUGCUUGCCGUUCCUUCUGUUGUUGUUGUGGUUGUUGCCGUAGGUCUGGCUGUGGCCAUUUGGUUGGUGUCGCCAGUCGUAGCGGUUGUCACGAUUGUCUCGGUAAGGCCGUUCGUUUUUCCUGUUGCCUCCUUGAUACGUGUCAGGUCGAUUGCCGUUGUGUGGCUGACCUGGCUGGCGUCCGUUCUGGUUGCCUUUCUGUCGAAUGCGGUCACGCUGCUGGCUCAUCCUUCUCGCGUGCUGCAUGCGGUCGUUGGCAUUGCGGAGGGCUUCUUGGAAUUGCUCCCAUGUGAGGUCGUUGAAUCGGUAGUCCAACGAGCUCUUGAAGCGCUCAAAUCGAGGAGGUAGGGCAUUUACCAUGACGGCUAUCUUGGUGUUGUCAGUUGGUUUCUCUCCCAUGUCGCUCAAUUGUUUCGGCAAGAAGUUGGAGUCGGUGAGAGCGUCGUCGAUGUCGUCCUUGUCCAUCUGAUACCGGGAGAAAUUGCGGAGGACCUCAUGCCCACAGACGACUCGCUCAGGUACACACCGCUUGCGCAACUCCCAAUAGGCUCGUGCACCAUUCUCGCCAUACUUAUCGAGUGACUCCUGGAUGAUCCGUCUUGCCUUGCCUUCUGUGUGCAGGACGAGGAAGCCGAAGAGCUGUCGCAACACACUCCUCUCCUUCAUUCGCUGCUCGUCAAGGUCUCCAUCCUCAGUCGGGACAGGUAACCCAGAAAUGUCUUCCUCCUUUUUAGGCAUCAGACGCUCUAUGGGCAACUCCUUAGCCAGGAGGAAGGCUCUGAGGGUAAGUUCCCACUCACGCCAGUCGUCCUUGUCUCCAUUGAAGGUACGGAUGACGGUCCUGGGGUCGAAUGCGAAGAUGGGCUGCGCCAUUGCUGCUGCUCUUCUUGCUACUCAGUCGACCGGUCGGGAUCGUCACACUGGCUGCUGUUGAAUAGGCGCUUGACACUGAAGAGGCCUUUCGGGGCUGAUGACAUCGAGAGAAUGCGGACUGAUAGAUCGGUUAGGAUCUAUCAGCUGCCGACAGACAGACGAUAGUGAGGCUGCUGCACAGAAAGACUGCCGAGAAGCGGAUGAUAGACAGACCUGUUAGGAUCUGCCCAACUGUUGAUCACGCGGAAAAGACAAAGCAAUUUGCUGCGCCCAUGUCAGAAUAGGUGGGAGAGAGUCGGUGAAAAUGGUGAAAAGAGGAUCAGCCCGGCGGUCAGUCCCGGAUAAAGUUCAAGUCAAUGUGAGAUGCCCUUGCCGCCCUUGUCCUCCAGACCAAGACGGAAUGCCGCAUUGGUGAUCCUGGUCACCCGCUGCAGCUGCUCAUCACCCACCAUCUGGGCCUGCUGUUCGUUGGUCGUCGCGAAUGUGGCCCCAGCGGCGCUUGAAGAGGCUGCUGAAGCAUCCCGGUCUCACACGCUGCGCCUCUGGACCGGGAUGCACCCUCACCCAUGCCUAUGCAUGUGUGCCAAAUUGAGGCUUUGACUGGACGGUCAUCAGAAGGACCUUCAUCAUUAUCAUCAUCCAAAGGGGGAAUUCAUCAGGUACGCACACGUACCUUGUUGCAGUCUGCAUAGCAUUAUGCAUUGUCCUGUGCGGACGUACCUACCCUUUCAACCAGAUGCAAUACGAGCCGGCUGGGAUUCUUCACUGCGGGCUUAUCAUGGACGGGGCAUACGUCAUCCAUUGCCAUCGUGAUAAUCACACGACCCCCCUCACACACGAGUGCCUCAUGAACUACAUUGAUGCGAUGAAAGUGGAGUUUGGGGAGCAAGUAGGCAAGCGGAUCGUGAUUCACAAGAAGCAUUCGCUCUUUGUCAAUGCGAAGCCAGUGGCGUUGAGAACGCGUCGUGAGGAGAUGACGACAUUGCACGGGAAGAUUGAGCGGAGCGGUAUUCUCGUACAAGAGGUUGGAAUUAAGUGGGAAAACGGCAGUAGAAGGGUACAGCAAGGAGCAGAUGUGGCUAUCGGGACGAGACUGCUGGAGACAGGGGCGAAGAAAAAAGUCGAUGCCAUAAUUCUGUUUGCUGGAGACGGUACAUACAAAAGACAUACACCGGCAAGCAGCAGAGGCAUACAGAGCCGCAUGCACGCAUAUUCGUGUCAGGUGUUUUUCUUCCAGCACUGAAAAGGGUCAAGCAGACGACACGGAAAUAUGUCUUUGUUUGUGGAUUCGGCAAGUCUGUCAGGUGAGGAAAGGAGCAAAAGCACGGACCGACAGGCGGCAUGCACAGUAUGCCUUUUGCCUUCGUCUUGCUGCAGCCCUAAUUUGAGGCCCAACGGACGAGGGCUGGUGGACAAAAUAUGUAUCAUCGGCUGAUACACGGUGCAUUUCCCCUUGUCCUUCAGGUAUAGUUCUUCCUUCCUACAUGCACAAAACGUAUCGAGCAUAGAUGUUGCCCUCCUGCUUCUUGCUUCAUGCAGAUAUGAAGAGGAUUCUUCGUGUGAUGGCGAGUAGGAUGAUCAUUGGCGAGUUACGUGCAUCGUCAUUUACUAGAGUUGAAGGCUGCUUGCAUGGGUUCGGUCGCCUGCAACUUCGGUUUCUUGCUUAUACCGUCGCUCAGGCACUCACUCUCUGUGUGUGUGUAUAUGUGUAUAUACGUGUUCUCACACUCGCAUGCUCCAAAGUAAUGUGACUGCAAGAAUGAUGCAAGUAAUGUGAAGACAAUUAACGAUCAGCAGCCGUACGGCACAUUCAUCUGCUCAGGUUUUUCAUGUGCUUUUUGUCGUUAUUUGCCUUUCAUCAUGUUUGGGUCAGUCAGAGAUCACUCUGUGUGCAAGAAUGACUGGCCGAGGGUCAGUCAGAGAUCACUCUGUGUGCAAGAAUGACUGGCCGACACCUGUACAUGUAUAGACAACGUGCAUGCAUGUGCAUACCUACCUACCUACCUUCACUCUCCACCCUGCGAAUGCAAUCACGCAUAUCGCUCUCGGCAAUCAUUGCCUUUCGUGCGUACACACAAAUCUAAAGCAUAUAUAUAAACUCAUACAAUUCAACAAUACCCAACAAAAGCCCUGAGGUUUGUCGUGUAAUGUAAGGAAAAUGAGUUUCACGUUCUUUCAGAAACUCACGUGAACUUCCUGUUUUCAAAGUCCCUAGGGUUGGAGUUCUCGCGAGAACGAAGUUGAAGCGAGAAGUCCCUUCGUUCUCGCGAGAACUCCGACACUAAGGACUACUGCGGCCAGUGUCGCCACACCUGAAAAAACACAUUAGAGGAUAGAUUGGGUGACGAAAGCAUCUCUCACCUGCGGUAGCCACAGCCGCAUAUGGGUAGCGCCUGUGGAGCAGCACAUCCGAGUCCACACGGAAAAGAUCCAUCCAGAACAGGUUCUGAGAGGCAUUCGCAGUGGAGUUGCCGAUCACAUGGCCUUCGCAGUAUCCCGGAUCGUAUGCGCACUGCUGUGUGUUGCAGAGUGAGUCCCAUUGCUGGUCGUCAAUGCUGGCAGCAGGGCAACCUGCAAAAUCACACGACAGCACGAUGGCGUGUCCUCAGCUGUGGACCGCCGGACCAUGAAGGCCCAAUCAGUGCCAUGGUCCUUUCCUGAUCCUGUGGGCCCAAAACCCCCGAAAAACAUGUGGGUUUUGCCCUUUGGUUCCUACUCUCGCGACUCAGCAUGUUGUCCAUUUGCGUCGUCGUUCUGAUAGGCCUUACGGUUUGCGUGGGGGCCGCUUCAAUGCCACGGAGAAGGAGCCUCAGGACAGAAGAGGUCGUCCAGGGACGAUAGCUGAGGAAAUUCAACAGCGCUAUCAAAGGGGGAAAUCCCCAGGCCCCCCAAGUCGGCUCCUCGGAGAGAUCCGAGCUCAGCCUGCCCGAGCGCCCCCAAGCCACCGGACGAGGAGAAGGCUUGCCAAUGGACCUACAACCGCCCCCCCUCCCGGG